CACUUCCUGAUUCCCGCUUCCUGCUUUCCAGCGGCCGGGAUCCGGAGUCGCCCGAGGCCGGAGCCGCUGCAGCCCCCGGUGCCCCCGACAUGUCCUUCCGCAAGGUGGUUCGUCAGAGCAAAUUCCGGCACGUGUUCGGACAGCCGGUCAAGAAUGACCAGUGCUACGAAGACAUCCGGGUGUCCCGCGUCACCUGGGACAGCACCUUCUGCGCCGUGAACCCCAAGUUCCUGGCGGUGAUCGUGGAGGCCAGCGGGGGAGGCGCCUUCCUGGUGCUCCCCCUGAGCAAGACAGGCCGCAUCGACAAGGCCUACCCGACGGUGUGCGGCCACACGGGACCCGUCCUAGACAUCGACUGGUGUCCCCACAACGACAGUGUCAUCGCCAGCGGCUCGGAGGACUGCACUGUUAUGGUCUGGCAGAUCCCCGAGAAUGGGCUGACGGAGCCGCUGACGGAGCCGGUGGUGGUGCUGGAGGGCCACACCAAACGAGUGGGCAUCGUCACCUGGCAUCCCACGGCCCGGAACGUGCUGCUCAGCGCAGGCUGUGACAACGUAGUGCUCAUCUGGAACGUGGGCACGGCUGAGGAGCUGUACCGCCUGGACAGCCAGCACCCCGACCUCAUCUACAACGUCAGCUGGAACCGCGACGGCAGCCUCUUCUGCUCUGCCUGCAAAGACAAGAGUGUGCGGGUCAUCGACCCCCGCAGGGGCACCCUGGUGGCGGAACGGGAGAAGGCCCACGAGGGGGCGCGGCCCAUGCGCGCCAUCUUCCUGGCCGACGGCAAGGUGUUCACCACGGGCUUCAGCCGCAUGAGCGAGCGGCAGCUGGCGCUCUGGGACCCGGAGAACCUGGAGGAGCCGAUGGCGCUGCAGGAGCUGGACUCCAGCAACGGGGCGCUGCUGCCCUUCUACGACCCGGAUACCAGCGUGGUCUACGCGUGCGGCAAGGGCGACUCCAGCAUCCGGUACUUUGAGAUCACGGACGAGCCUCCCUACAUCCACUUUCUGAACACCUUCACCAGCAAGGAGCCCCAGAGGGGUAUGGGUAGCAUGCCCAAGCGCGGCCUGGAGGUCAGCAAGUGUGAGAUCGCCCGGUUCUACAAGCUACACGAGCGCAAGUGUGAACCCAUCGUCAUGACGGUGCCAAGGAAGUCGGACCUCUUCCAGGAUGAUCUGUACCCUGACACGGCGGGGCCAGAGGCGGCCCUGGAGGCAGAGGAGUGGGUGAGCGGGCAGGACGCGGCACCCAUCCUCAUCUCCCUGCGGGAGGCCUACGUGCCCAGCAAGCCGCGUGACCUGAAGGUCAGCCGACGCAACGUGCUGUCCGACAGCCGGCCGGCUGCGGCCCCCAGCCCCGCCUGCCCUGCCGCCGCCGCCCCCAGCAGCAGCCUCUCUGGAGCAGGGGAGGCGGGGAAGCUGGAGGAGGUGAUGCGGGAGCUGCGGGCACUGCGAGCCUUGGUCAAGGAGCAGGGCGAGCGCAUCGGCCGGCUAGAGGAGCAGCUGGGCCGCCUGGAGAACGGGGACGCCUAGGGCCCGGCCAGCCCCCACCUGCUCCUGGCGGCCCCCGCCGAGAGCCCCGGGGCAGGGGCCGCACCCCAAGCCGCCCAGGCUGCCGCUGUGAGGACUGAAGGGGUUCUGUACUGAGAAGAGCUUCCUGCUGAGGGACCAGCCCCCACCCCCCCCCACCCCAUCCUGGACCCCGAGGAAGCGGGACAGAUGGCCUCUAUAUUUUCACUCCAAUAAAAUUCUCUUUCUAAACA